AUGUCCCCAGCAUCGGCUGCAACGGCCAGUGAAAGCAGCACCACCACCGUCCCCGAAGAGGAGUCGGACAGCCCCAGAGAGGAGCAGCGGCCCCAGAAACAGUCUCUGACCAAAUCCUUGUGUCAGGAAACUCACUGGAAAUGCCUGCUGCUGUCCCUGCUGAUGUACAGCUGCGUCGGGGUGAUGGCCUGGUGCCAAGUGACCAAAGUCACACGCCUCUCCUUCGACAGCGCUUAUAAGGGAAAGUCUAUGAUGUACCAUGACAGUCCCUGCUCCAACGGCUACAUAUACAUCCCUUUGGCCUUCCUGGUCAUGCUCUACGUGGUCUACCUGGUGGAGUGUUGGCACUGCUACACCAGGAACGAGCUGCAGUACAAGGUGGACGUGGACAGUGUGGCGGAGCACAUCCAGCAAAUGCAGCAGGCUACGCCUUGCAUCUGGUGGAAGGCCAUUAGCUACCAUUAUGUCAGGAGGACGCGGCAGGUGACGCGCUACCGUAAUGGAGAUGCCUACACCACCACGCAGGUCUACCACGAGCGAGUCAACACCCACGUGGCAGAGGCAGAGUUCGACUAUGGAAACUGUGGUGUUAAGGACAUCUCGAAGCACCUGCUCGGCCUGGAGGACUUUGCCAUCACCAGGCUGAGGUUCACUAAGUGCUUUAGCUUUGCCAAUGUGGAGUCAGAGAACUCCUACCUGACCCAGCGGGCCAGGUUCUUCACAGAGAAUGAGGGCUUGGAUGACUACAUGGAGGCCCGUGAGGGGAUGCACCUGAAGAAUGUAGACUUUAAGGAGUACAUGAUUGCCUUUUCUGACCCUAAUCACCUUCCCUGGUACGCAUCCAACUCCACUUUCUGGACAGCUGCUGCUUUCACUCUGUCCUGGCCUCUGCGGGUGCUGACGGAGUAUCGCACUGCUUGUGUACACUACCAUGUUGAGAAGCUGUUUGGCUUUGACUACGUGCCAGUAACACCAUCUGAGGAGCGGCCGUACUGCAGACACAUCCCACGAGUCAACACAAUCGACAGCACGGAGCUGGAGUGGCACAUCCGCUCCAACCAGCAGCUGGUGCCCAGCUACUCAGAGGCCGUUCUCAUGGACCUGGCCCAGCUCUCAGGGAGCUGUAACAGCUACUCCAUAUGUGGAGGCUACGGUAGCUACAGGCAGAACUGUGAGCGCUGUCACCGUGCCAUCAGCAGCUCCUCCAUCUUCUCUCGCAGCGCCCUCAGCAUCUGCAACACGGGGAGCCCCCGCAUGCCCUUCAGCGCCAGCCGCUUCUCGCUGGGCCGGCUGUACGGCUCCAGGCGGAGCUGCCUGUGGAGGAGCAGCGGGAGCCUGAAUGAGCGGUCCUGCCCCACAGAGAGCACGCGCUGUCUGUCAGGCCAGCAGACCAGUGAAGAGAACCCUCCAGCCUACCAGGACGCUCUGUACUUCCCAGUGCUCAUUGUGCAUCGCAACGAAGGCUGCCUCAACCACGACCACCGCUCUCUGCACAGAAACGGCUCCUGUGUCGAGACCUCUCUAUGA